AGAGCUUUGUAAUGUUUUGAACAACCAAUAGUAAAAAAAAAGAAAAUGGAAAAGUUGGGGUAAAAAUGAGUCAGAGAGGAGACAGGGCAGGGUUGAAGAGGCUUAGGGCUUGGAUGUGAGGCUCAUGGCUUGGAUGUGAGACAAGGUGAGAAGGUCUGAGGAGAGACGAUUGGGUUCCAGGCCGUUCAUUGGGGUGUGGCUAUGGGGUAUCUAUUUGUAUCUGGAGAGGGGCUCCCCUCUGCUUCCUGAUCAGGGUGUGAGCUGCUUCUCCCCAGCACACUCUCCUCCAUGCUGUCCUGCCUCAAGCCCUGAGGACUGGAGCCUGAAGUCUAUGGACGGAGACCUCUGAAGCCUGAGCCUCAGAUAAACCUUUCCUCCUCUACACCUGCUCUGGUCAGGUCCUUUGAGUCACCGCGGUGACAGAGCUGACUGAAAACGGGGCUGAACUGGAUAGGGUUGGCAGGGGAAAGACGCUUCAUCCUCGGCCAUUUCAGCCAUCUGGUCAGCCGAGGAGGUCAGUUACCACAGUCCUGGUGUAGACGAGAGCUCAAGAACCGCACGCUUCCCUGGGACCAGAGGAUUUGGCUUCUUCUGCAUUGGGGGUGGGGACAAUCAUGCGGCCAAUCAGAACAAGAGCAGGUUGGCACGAAGCCAAUGGGAAGUGGGCAUGGAAAUGAGCCUUGCUGGCCAUCGGUUGGUGCCGGGCUGGCUUUGGGGGUUUGAGAGCCUCUGUCUCCUCUCAGCACUGAACCCGCCUGGACUUGGCAGAGCGUGGUCUUUGGUCUUGGUAGUUUGGAGAAGAACUUGAUUUAGGAUCAUUGACAUUUGCGGUUUGAGGAUGCCACAGACCUGAAGAGCCGCUUGGGGGACAGGUGGUGUGACUUGAAGAUGUAGCAUUUUGAGUCCACUUCUGACUCACUCCUGGCUACACAUCUGCAUUGCUGUGACCUGUGGACCAAACAGGUUAGUCUGCAGCAGAGAAAGUCAUAACACACGGGAAUCCACCAAGUUAGGUCUGGAGAAGCAAAGAUGUCAAAUUCUUCCUUCUGGUCACCGAAAGAAGGCACCACACCUGACUUACUCUGCGGGAAGCCAGUUGGUUUCCUCACCACGAAGGACCGUUUCAUGAUGCUUAUAUGUGGCACUCUUGUUCUGGGAGGAUUCUCGAGAAUGUUUUUCAAGAAUUCUGAAGUCAUUGUCUUAACCAUUCUUUCUGUAUCAGGAUUUAUAAUAGGACAACUGGCUUACCAUUUUAUUGAGGUGUAUCCAGUUGUUUACCCUCUUCUAAGAACACCAAGUUUUUCGCUUUAUUCUUAUUUUUUGCCUUUAAUUGUAUUUGUGGCUGCUUUGGAUGUGGAUUUUUAUAUAGUCAAGAAUGUGUUUUGGCAGGUUUUUUUAACUGGAUUUCUUAGCUUUGCUAUAUCGUUCAUCAUAAUUGGAUAUGUGGUUCUGAAAUUCAAUUUGGAGUCAUGGGAUUUUCAAUCUUGCUUACUCUUGAGCAUCACUCUGAGCAUUACGGAUCCCCUUCAUUCUGUGAGCUCACUGAAAACUCUUGGCCUUUCUAAAAUGUAUAUUGACAUAAUUAGAGGAGAAUCAUUGAUCAUUUGUAGUGUUGCCUGCAUUUUUUUUGGAAUUUUUCGGGUCAGCUCAGAACAGCUUACCAUGUUUACAGAGUUACAUAUCAUUGUGGGACUCAGCUUGGACAUUUUUGGAAGCAUAAUCUGUGGAUACUGGUGUGCAAGAGUCAUCCAGUUUAUACUGACUGACAUUUUUAGCAAUACACUGACCAAUGUCAUCCUGUGCUUUUCAAUGGUGUAUAUGACUUUCUACGUGGUGGAAUAUUUUGGAAUGUCAGGCAUUGUGGCUUUGGCCACUGUAGGACUGAAUUUAGAUUCCUUAAGCUUCAAGCCCAGGAUGGAGUUCAUAAUCACGAAGUUCUUGAUCAUAUUUUCCUCUAUGUACCACCAUUUGAUAUACACUUUCUUCGGCAUCGUGGUUGGAUGUGGAGAAAUCAAGCAUUUUAGUUUCCACACCGUCGUUUUCAUUUUCAUCUUGUUUGUGACAGUGAAUUUUGUAAGGUUGCUUACUGUUAUUUUUGUGACCCCGAUUUUGAUGCAUUCCAGUUAUGAGUACAGUUGGCGAUGGGGAAUUGUCAUCGCGUGGUCUGGAAUUAAAGGAGUUUUUAGCUUACUUUUGUCUCCUGAUAUUUAUAAUCUGGCUGAUCAAAAAGUAGCGGCACCACACAUGUUUAUUUUCUAUGUACAAGUGAUAUCGUUAUUGACUAUGGCAAUAAAUUCAUACAUGAUGACUUUCUCGGCUAGGACUUUAGGUUUUUGUGCGAUUUCCCUCCCAAGACAAAUGGCCAUGCAAAAUGCCAUUCAGCACAUUCAGGAGAUAAUACAGAACACAACCACUUUAUACAAGACCGAAAAGAUGUUGACAAACGUCAACUGGACUUUAGUGGAAGAAAAAGCGAAGAUCGAAUACAUCAUUCCGUCAAAUGCUGUUCCACUUUCCCAUGUUGUACAUGAUGAUGAAACAGAGCAGUCCCCGACAGAUGAAGUUUUAAUAGAAGAAGCCAGAUUGCACGUGGCGAUAAUACAAAUGAGUAGCUUUGAAAAGCAGUGUAAUGAUGGCAUCCUUGGAGUAGAGGCAGCCCGGAUAUUAAUUGGUGCAACGAAAAGCUAUUGCCCCAUCCAAGGAAAAUUCAUGAAUAUUCAUGAUGUUUCAACUUACGUAAGAGCUAGAAGUUGGCUUAUAAAGUUUAAAAACAUGUUAACUUACUUGGAAUAUCAUAGAGAAAGGGGACGUUUUAUUCUACCUGGGAGUAAUAGAUUUCUGAUUUUUGUAUAUCACCUUGUAUUUUCAGAAGAAUUUGAAUACGCAGGACAUAUUAAGACAUUAUUGUAUAUUUAUCCCAUGAUAAUACAUUUAUGGCCAAUGGCAAGAGAGUUAAAUGUAUCAGCACUGAUAUCAAUGAACCACUAUUUUAUAUUUUUAUGUGCGUUAGAAUCAACUUUGAAGUUAAUCAUUCUGAAAAGGAACUAUUUUAAACAACAUUGGAAUACUUUGGAUUUUUUAAUUUUGCUUAUUGGGCUCGUGGAUAUCUUUUGUAUAUACUUUGUCAGACUAAGAACAAGCAACUUGUUCCUUAUCCAGCUCACAGUGGUGAUGGGAUACUUAAGAAUAAUUAGGUUUCUUCCUAUCUUCAAGCUAGCAAUUCCAAUGCUGAUAAAUAUUGUAGAUGUGCAGGUCAAAAAACACCUCAGCUUGAUGUACAAUAUUACAAAAGGCUAUGUCAAAAGUCAAGAAGAUGCCAAACUUUUAAUGAAACAAAUUUCUGGCCGUAAAUCAAUAUACAAGAAAUUAUAUGAAAUUCUGGAAACCAACAAAAGAGAAGCUAUCAAAGAGCUAGGACUCAUAGAGCAUGAAGGCCGUGAUGUUGUCAUUGCUUUGAAGACCAAGCAGGCGAUCCGGAACGUGGUCGCUAAAGCUCUGAAGAAUCUCACCUUCCUCAGGUCGAGGGGCAUCAUCGACGAACACGAGGGCAUCGAGCUGAAUAAGGUACUUCUUAUGAAAAUAAAAGCACUGAAUCAUUUUCCAAUGGCAAUCCCACCCCCUACUCCUGACAAGUACCUUCAUAAUAUCAUCUGGAUGGAAAAUAAAGAUGUCCUCAUUGAGUUCUUCAAGGAAAGAACCAAACUUGCCUAUUUUGAUUACGGAGAUGUCAUUUGUAGAGAAGGGGAAAUGCCGCAAGGAAUCUACUUGAUAAUUUCAGGAAUGGCAAGUCUACAUAGCUCGUCUCCUACCUUUGGGAUAGACAGUAGCCUGAAGCCUAAUAAAGGGUCCAAAACCAUGUUCACAGAGUACUGUACCAGCGGGGACGUGCUGGGGGAGCUGAGCUGCCUGCUGAAGCGCGAGAUGGAAUACACUGCCGUCUGCGAAACCACGCUACAGGCCUUCUUCAUCUCCCUGGAGGACCUGUAUGAAGGCUUCGAUGUCUUCUGGCCAUCCCUGGAGUAUAAAAUCUGGCUGAAGCUGGCUCUCAACACUGCCUCUCAGUACUUUGAAUCGAGUCUCGCUGAUGAGGACUUAAGGUUUCAGAAGUGUGUGAUGCUCAAUCAUGCUUACGUGGAGACUUUAUCAAGCUACAACGAAAUGACUAUCGAUAACGUGGCCAUGAAGUUUGUCAUCAUCGUGUUCGGCAGCGUAAUUGAUAGCAAGACGGAGGAACCGUAUUUGGCACCUUGCAUCAUUCCUAAAACCUGUGAGCAGAUCCAGGGAACUGCGGAUGUAAGCAAGCUGUUGGUCAUCCAAGCAUCUGAGCCGACCAAAAGUGAUGGUAACACCAAUGUCAUGGUCAACACUGCUCUUCGAACGACCAAGAAGGAAUACAACUGGAAGAGAAAAGACAUGCAGGACACUAGGUACCAAUUUCGAAAAGGGCAUUAUUGACACAAAUGUGAUGUGUGGAGUCGGGUUAAAGGCUGCGCUGCUGUCCUGGUUCGAGUGCUGUAGGAUUACCUGACAAGGAUUUUCUUAGAAACCGCUGAAACCCAGCUCACUGCUGGAUCUCUUCUGUAAGCAGUGGAUGGACCGCUGUAAAAACCGAUUCUCAGUAGUUGUAUAGUGUAGGUGACUUGUUCAGAAUUCUUCAGGGUAAUGUAAGGUACUUUAAAACUCAUGGCCUACCAAAUGACACCCUUCUUCUAGCCGAGAGUAAGUUAUCAAAUGUGUUGUACAAUUAAUGCAUUACUGUCUAAGGCAUUAAGACCUGCAAGUUUUAUUUGUGAAAUUGCUAUAAUUAAUGCCUCCUGAUAUUUUUCAAAGUCCAGUUACUCUCCCCUCCCCAGUCUGGGGAACACUGAAAAGUGGACCGUGAUCCACAGUCUUGGUCACGGAAAGCAAAGUUGAGGAGUUAACAUUCCUACGUUCCCACACCUGUUGGUUGUCAUUUUUCAUUUUAUUUUUAAAAGUUAAAUAAAGUUGCUUGUUGUGGUUGACUUUUUAA